UCUUCCUGGUCUGGCAGAUGAUAUAAUCCUGUAAUGGUAUCUGUCCCCUUUAUCACAUGGAGAGAUCUCUGUGCAUCAUCCCUGUGAGCCAUAAAAGGGAUCUUGUUCAUCUCUCUCCCCUGCUCCGUCUUUUGCACAUCCACCUCAGAAGGGGCCAGGCUGUGGCGCAGGCUGGUGAGCAGCCUGCUGCAAUAAAUCACUCUGACCAUGAGGUCAUGAAUUCGAGGCCAGCCCGUGGCAGGGUGUGCACCCAUCAAUUAAAAAAAAAUAAAAAAUAGCCCCUGCUCAUUGCUGACCUGGCAACCCGAAAGAUAGUUGCAUCUAUCAAGUAGGAAAUAGUGUACCACUUAUAAAGUGGGGAGGCAAAUUUAACUAAUUUAUGACGUUGGAAUAAGAAAGUGCAGUCACAGUGGAUGUUGAAGCAGCUGCUCUCCCCUGUGGCCAGAAUCAAACAUCCCCUCAGGAGAAGGUUAAAUAGUCUCAGUUCUAUGUGUAUAUGGGCAUUGAAUGUUUGCCCUAUAUGUAUAUAAUGUGAUCUGCCCUGAGUCCCCUUCGGGGUGAGAAGGGCAGAAUAUAAAUACUGUAAAAAAUAAAGAAGGAUAAAGUGCCGCUAGGUUUUGAUCCUUCACGGACCCCCUUCCCUUGCUGCCCAGGUUCAUCUGUGUCCCCUUUGAAAGGACAGAUUUCCUGAAGGAGAACCACAAAGACUCUCUUCUGUGUAACCUUGAGAGCUUUGACAACAGCGAGGGAUGGAAGGGGAGGGAGAGAAGAAACCCAAUAUCAUCACACUGGAAUUAAGUAUCAUCCUAUCUCGAGGCUAUUUCCGUCCUGCUUGCCUUGUACCUGUAACAUGAACCGUAUCCCAGCAGCCUGGUGAUACAGAAUCAGGGCUUUCAGAUCCCCGUAACCCCUUCUUUUCCAUUCCUGGACUGUGAUGUCACUCUGACUUUGGCAGGAGAGAUCUGUGGGGCUGUUUGGAGCUCAGGGUCUUGUGCAUAGAAGUUGUGUGUCUGCUCCAUUGAAUAACUUCAGAACCCAUUUAAUAAUAACAACAUAGCACAACCCAAAAACAUUCUUGGUGUUUUAGGCCUGUUCUUGGGGUUAUUUGGGGCCCUGAUUCAGAACAUUGCAUUGGAUAGACCGCAUCAGCUCUAAGAUAUGGUUGUCGUGGGUUGCUGUGAGUUUUCCAGGCUGUAUGGCCAUGUUCCAGAAGCAUUCUCUCCUGACUUUCGCCCACAUCUAUGGCAGGUAUGGAGCCCCGGUGGCGAAGUGUGUUAAAGCACUGAGCUGCUGAACUUGCAGACCGAAAGGCCACAGGUUCAAAUCCUGGGAGCAUUAAUACAAAUUAACACUCAUGCCACUGGGCAGCUAUUAAUGUUUGGAUAGGAUGCUAAUAAAGAUUCCAAAUCCAACUUGCCUAACAGCAGAGCCAAAACCCACGAUAGACAAUUACUAUUAUUGAUUUACUAUUUAUUUACUAGUUAAGUUAAAGCACUGAGCUGCUGAACUUGCAGACCGAAAGGUCGCAGGUUCAAAUCCUGGGAGCGGAGUGAGCGCCCGCUGUUAGCUCCAGCUCCUGCCAACCUAGCAGUUCGAAAACAUGCCAGUGUGAGUAGAUCAAUAGGUACCGCUCCGGCGGGAAGGUAACAGCGCUCCAUGCAAUCAUGCCUAUGGCCACAUGACCUUGGAGGUGUCUACAGACAACGCCGGCUCUUAGACUUAGAAAUGGAGAUGAGCACCGACCCCCAGAGUCAGAAAUGACUGGACUUAACGUCAGGGGAAACCUUUACCAAUCGACAGACCCAGUCUUUUGAACUUGAACAUGCCCAUCUGUAUUUUAGAAUGUGUUUAUGAAUGUUGAUGUAAGCUAAUAAUUUUUAAUCUGAUUUAUAAUGAACUGUACAGUUUUUAUAUGUGUGUUCUAUUGUAAGCCGCCCUGAGUCCUCUGUUGGGUGAGAAGGGCGGGAUAUAAAUGUUGUAAUAAAUAAAUAUAAAUAAAUUUACCUUUUACCUAUGGCAGGCAUCCUCAGAGGUUGUGAGGUCCUGAAGGAGACCCAUAAUAAAGGAGACCUCAACCUUUGAAGAUGCCUGCCAUAGAUGUGGGUGAAACGUCAGGAGAGAAUGCUUCUGGAACAUGGCCAUACAGCCCAGAAAACUCACAGCAACCCAGUGAUUCUGGCCAUGAAAGCCUUCGACAACACAUGUUUGUCAUGAUUUUCUAUGGGCAAGUGUGACUGGGUCUGUGAAUCCUAUCUGUCCCUCUCCUUCUCUCUUCUCCUUGAUCCACAAACCUUUAAAGUUAUGAAGUUAUUUUAGCCAGGGUGACACAGCACCCAAAUCAUUACAUUUGCUGGGAUGGGGUGGGAACUUUGGACGGCAUCCUGCCCCCGCCCUCCUGGGGCCAGAAUAAAACUGGACGCACACCCAGUAGCCAGAGAGUGAGCAUUGGCAGCUCUGGGGAACGGGGGGACCAUGGAGAUUUUCAGCAUCCAGCAGUUGGUCAGUGAUGAGAGGCCUGAGGGGAAGGUGCGAGGAGGUUUCGGGGGGCUUGUCCAAGGCCCUGCGGCCAGAGAAGCUGAGAGCUGGCCUCCAGGCCCAUCUGGCGUUUGGGAAGCCGUCAGCAAGGAGAGGCAGAGGGCAGAAGAUGAGAAGAAGAAGAAGCUGGAGAUACUUAGCAAUUCCAGGCUGAAGCUGGACACCUUGCAGGACUUGGAGGCCAUUAUUAAACUUCGCAAGGAGAGGAAGAAAAAGGUAAAGAGAGUGGUCCGCCCCAAGAAGAAAGAGCCGGAAGAGAUAGUGGGACCUGUAGGCCCAGCACAGUUCCUCCAAGCGGCGCUGGACAACAGGCUUCCUGUGAUCGAGAGGUUUCUGGCCGACGGAGGGGACCCCAAUGCUCACGACAAGUUCAGAUGCACUGCCCUCCACCGGGCCUCCCUGCGCGGCCACAUGGAGGUUGUGGAGAGGCUGCUGGAGGCCGGAGCCAAGCUGGAGUCCAGGGACAUGCUGGAGGCCACUCCUGUCCUGUGGGCCUGUCGCGGGGGCCAUUUGGAGAUCCUCAAGCGCCUGAUCAGCCGGGGAGCCAAGAUCUCCACACGUGACAAGUUGUGGAGCACCCCUUUGCACGUGGCUGUCCGGACGGGGCAUUGCGACUGCGCCGAGCACCUCAUCGCUUGCGGGGCCAACAUCAAUGCGCAAGAUAAGGAGGGAGACACGCCGAUCCACGAUGCCGUCCGCCUGGGCCGCUUCAAGGCUGUGAAGACGCUUCUGAUGUACGGCGCAAAGCUUGGCAUCGAGAACGAGGAGGGAGUGACGCCGGUGGAUUUGGUGAAGGACUGGCAGAAGGGCAUCCGGGAGACGCUGCAGGCCUGUGCCGACCGCCAGGGCCCCCCGGCCAGGAACUGAGCAGCGGAGGCCGGGGCCGUCCAUUCUCCGCUUGUGACCAAGGUCUCCCCACGGUCCCCUUCCGGCACCGGGUUGUGGGCCGAACAGGAGGAGGAGGAGGAGCACCUUUUAGCCUUGGAGAGGGAAACUUCCCUGCAGUCUGGGAUGGUUCUAGCGGCUAUGCUGGUCAGCCCUGGCCUUCCCAAGCGCUGCAGCGCGGUCGGAGCUUUUGUGUCUCUCGUCUGGUGUCUCAUUUCAGAGGGAAAACCAAGGCAUCGGAGAGAGGAAGCGUAUUUGUCCCUUUGCCCUGCCUUGGGACAGAAAGAAUUGGGAAAAGAGAAAGGAAGCUUGUAAAGGGUGGCCACUGAAAGACAGGACGAUGUAAAACAAAAAUAAUUUAUUUUGAAAUAUAAUCAAUGGAUAUCUCCAAGGGAUGCUCUAUAACGGAGCCCCGGUGGCGAAGUGCGUUAAAGCGCUGAGCUGCUGAACUUGCAGACCGAAAGGUCCCAGGUUCAAAUCCCGGGAGCAGCUGCUGUUAGCUUCAGCUCCUGCCAACCUAGCUGUUCGAAAACAUGCCAAUGUGAGUAGAUCAAUAGGUACCGCUCCAGCGCUCCAUGCAGUCAUGCCUAUAGCUACAUGACCUUGGAGGUGUCUACGGACAACGCCGGCUCUUCGGCUUUGAAAUGGAGAUGAGCACCAACCCCCAGAGUCGGUCACGACUGGACUUAACGUCAGGGAAAACCUUUACCUUUACCUUAUGCUCUAUAACAGGCGCAGGCAAACUUGGGCCCUCCGGGUGGUUUGGACUCCAACUCCCACAAUUCCUAACAGCCAGUACCGGAGGGCCCAAGUUUGCCCAUGCUCUCCGUCGUAUGUUGCAACGGAUGCACAGUCAGUAAAUGCGUCCGUCUAGCUGCCUGUCUAUACGACGAGCAUCCUGAGAAAAAUCAUACUAAGUCUUAUUUUCCAGCUAGAUCUUAUUUUUGUGUGUAGCAGGAUCAAUGUACAAACUCCCAAAGCUAUCCUGUUCUAUGGAAGGGGGAUUAAGGAAAAUUCUUUAUUGAUUUAAGAGCCGAGUUUAGCACAAGCUAAACCGCUGUGCUGCAGAAAAAUCCAGCCGAUCGAAAGGUCGGUAGUUAGAGUCCGGAUUGGGGUGAGCACCGAAAGCAGAAAUGUGAGUAGAUAAAUAGGUACUGCUUUUAGCAGGGAGGUAAUAAAGGCACCCUUAAGGACAUCUUAUUUCAGAGGAAAGCUCCUCGGCAUGGAAGAUGGAGCAAUAGCACACACCCAUGGCCAGAGUUGAGCACAACCGGAAAUAAGAUGGGAAAUACUGCCUUUACCUCAGUUUGUGUUGUCUGCUCUUGUUAAUUGUAUAACCGGCAUUUAAUGUUUGCCAUGUGUGUGCUCUGUGAGCCGCUCUGAAUCCCCUUUGGGGUGAGAAGGGCGAGGUAUAAAUAUUGUAAAUACAGUAGAGUCUCACUUAUCCAACAUAAAUGGGCCAGCAGAACGUUGGAUAAGCGAAUAUGUUGGAUAAUAAGGAGGGAUUAAGGAGAAGCCUAUUAAACAUCAAAUUAGGUUAUGAUUUUACAAAUUAAGCACCAAAACAUCAAGUUAUACAACAAAUUUGACAGGAAAAGUCGUUCAGUACGCAGUAAUGUUAUGGUUUAAUUUACUGUAUUUACCAAUUUAGCACCAAAAUAUCAUGAUGUAUUGAAAACAUUGACUGCAAAAAUGACUUGGAUAAUCCAUAACAUUGGAUAAGUGAGACACUACUGUAAAUAAAAAGGGGUUAGACAGCAUUAUUUUUUACCCUACUCAUAUCUUGGAGCCCCCGGUGGUGCAGUGUGUUAAAGCGCUGAGCUGCUGAACUUGCAGACCAAAAGGUCACGGGUUGGAAUCUGGAGAGCGGAGUGAGCGCCCGCUGUUAGCUCCAGCUUCUUCCAACCUAGCAGUUCGAAAGCAUGCAAAUGUGAGUAGAUCAAUAGGUACUGCUCUGGCGGGAAGGUAACGGCGCUCCAUGCAGUCAUGCCAGCCAGAUGAUAGUCCUCCCGGGUUGAGGGCUUGGAGAUGCUUCGAGAGGAAGGGAAACACAUGGAUCGGUCUCUCUGGGCCUUCCUUUCAGCUCCCAGUUUGUCUUGCGUGCAAAGAAACAUGGUUCCUCUCUCUGCUGCCUUCGUUUCCCUUCCAAUUGGGCCAUUUCUGGACAACAAAGAAGGCUUUCAUGGCUGGGAUCACAGGGUUGUUUUCCGGGCUCUUUGGCCAUGUUCCAGCAGCAUUCUCUCCUGACGUUUCGCUCACAUCUAUGGCAGGCAUCCUCAGAGGUUGUGAGGUAUGGAGAAACUAAGCAAGGAAGGUUUAUAUAUCUGUGGAAAGUCCAGGGUGAGAGAGGAACUCUUUUGUCAGUUGUAGGCCAGUGUGAAUGUUGCAGUUAAUCACCCUAAGUAGCAUUGAAAAGCUUCAUGUCCUGGCCUUUCCUGCCUGGGGGCAUCCUUUGUUCAGAGUCAUUAGCUGCCCCUGUCUGGAACUCCUCUGUUUGCAGAGUGUUGCUUCUUAUUUACUGUUCUGAUUUUUUUUAAUAUUGGUAGCCCGAUUUUGUUCAUUUUCAUAGUUUCCUCCUUUCUGUUGAAGUUUUCCACAUGCUUGUGGAUUUCAAUGGCUUCUCUGUGUAGUUCUUCUCUCACCCUGGACUUUCCACAGAUAUAUAUAAACCUUCCUUACUUAGUUUCUCCAUACUUCACAACCUCUUAGAUGUGGGUGAAACGUCAGGAGAGAAUACUUCUGGAACAUGGCCACACAGCCCGGAAAACAUACAGCAAUCCAACAAAGAAGCUGUCGGCCAUGGCCAUCCCUCCUCCUCCUCCUCCUCGGUGCCAUUCAUUCCCUGGACCUCUCAUUCCUCUUCCGUUGGUCUUGGCGCUGCCGGUCAGGCUGAGGCCCCCAACAAACAAACAGGCCCUUGGAUGCAACACCGGUCCUGGCGUCAAGCCGGCUGCCUUGAAGUUAUUUGCCGCUGGCUGGCCAGUUGACCUUUGCUACGCAACUUUUCUUACAUUUCUGGGAUGUGCAGAGCAACUCCUGGACUGAGAAUGACCUUUCCUUGUGGAACUGGGUUUCCACAAGCAACCAACUAAGACGUACCUAUUUAUGGAUGGAAAACGUGACACAAAGAGCCCUGGAGUCCGGCUGGGAUUGACCCCGUGUGCCCACUUUGGCCUUUCUUGGGCCACACGGGGUGAAACUGGACUCUGGAGAACGGACUUUGACCAAGGCUGAGCCCCUCCCAGGUUGCAGAGAACCAUUGCAGCGUGGGCUGGAGGAAGUGACCAGAACAGAUCUUUACGAAAAGAUGGACGCAAAGACUUACCUCUUAAUGCAAGACGAAUCCAAAUGUAACCACAAGGGAUUAUCACACUCAACUGAUUGUUGACACCAUACUGAAUAUCCAGUUCACUGGUUCACUAUUCCAAAUUGGGAAUUUACAGACAAAAAUUGGGUCUGGAAGUUUUCAUGUCAGGAGCGGCUUGAGAAACUGCAAGCUGCUUUUGGUGUGAGAGAAUUGGCCGUCUGCAGGGACGUUGGCCAGGGGAUGUCUGGAUGUUUUACCAUCCUUGUGGGAGGCUUCUCUCAUGUCCCCGCAUGGGAAGCUGGAGCUGACAUAUAGGAGCUCACCCCUGCUCCUAACCACUGACCAUUUGGGCAGCAGUCCUACUGGCACAAGGGUUUAAGACUAUGCAGAAAUCAUGACACAAUGCAUUUAAGUCAAAACCUGGUGCCUUUGCCCCCAAACACAAGUGAUGGUGCUCCUGAGAGCAAGGUGAAAGACAUAAAAUUUUAAAGUCCUUUUCCUCCACCCCCAAACCCACUUUGCUCCCGACACGCCGUAUAACUUAUAAAUAAGACGCAGAUCUUUUUAGACUUCUUUCCAUACAAAGGUACAGUCCCCGUCAGGAAGGUCUACAACAGAAAGAGGCAGGUUACAAAUAAUUUACCUGAAAUGAUUGUAACAUUGGCUUCUAAAGACAAAAGGCGGCGGUGGGUUCUUCGGGGUUCCUUUAAAAAAUAAAAAACCUUUUGGUGGGGGGGGGGGGUGAAGAAAAAUACUGUUAGUAGCAACUAGGAGAAGGAAAGGACAGUCUGUCUCUGCCAAAGCUGGAGCAGAGGCCAAAUGGGAGUCUCCCGCGAGCCGUAGACGAUGAAGGCGGUCAGUCUGGAAACCACAGUUCAGCCCAAAAUGGGGAGUUGGGGAAAACAAGUCCUAUUGAGGGUAUUAUUCAGGGGGCAAAUGGGAAAGAAGUCCCCCAAAUCCUUCUCUUGGAGCCCAAUUGACUUAGAUGCACUGGAUUGGUGGAAUUUACUGACAUGUCUCACCUUUCUACAGGUACGGAGCACCCAUUAAAGAGAGUGUUCCUCUCCCUGCCCUUAGUCUCUAUAGGUCAGGGGUGGGCAACUCUGGCCCGUUAUGGGGCUUGGAGGACUGUAUCCCCCAGCAAUCUUCCUUGAAAAAUGAUUACUAAAUAAAGGAUUAAAUUCUA